UGUGAGUUUCUACAAAGAGAAAUCAUGAACUUCAGACUCUCAUCACUGAUCCUGCUGUUACACAUUCAAGGGUCCCUAACAUUGGAUAACUUUAAUGUAACCUGUGAUAAACUGAAUAUUUGUGGUGCGAGGGGAGAACUGGUAACAGUGAGGUGCGAUUACUCAAACAUCAACAUCACAACUGGGUUCUGGUUCAGUCAGAAACAGAGAACAAACUGGAGAAACAAAGAUGAACCUGAAGAUUUGACUUUAGAUUCAGAUUACUCAGGACGAGUGGAUCAGAUGAUCACUUACCGCUACUCACGACUAACAAUAAGAGAUCCAAGAGAGAGAGACAGUGGAGAAUAUCAGCUCAUGUUCAUUAUGAAGGAUGGAGUUAAACAUCUCAGCUCAGUCACAGUCAAUCUAACAGUUUCAGUUUUACAGGUGAAGAUGAAUCCUGAAUCUACAGGACAGCGAGUAAAACUGAGCUGUGAUUCCUCCUGCCCAAAAACAUCUGAAUAUAAUUACCUCUGGUACAAGAAUGGACAAUAUUUAACAUUUGACCAAAGCAUAUUUGUGUCAUCCAGUGAAAACACUGACACUUAUUCCUGCUCUGAGUUUGAUUCAGUUCCCUCUUCAUCUGUGUUAGACAAAACAUACUGGGAUAACCGUCGUUAUGGGGCAUUCAGAGAUCUGCUUGAGGAUCGUCAGUUUUCUGGUCGUGUGGUGGAGUUUGUGGGAAACACACUGAGAAUCAAAGACGUCAACACGAGUGAUUCUGGAGAUUAUCAGUUCAGGUUCAUCACUAACACAUCAGAUGUAGUUUCUGGUUAUCCUGGAGUCUAUCUUACUGUUACAGGUAACUGCUCAUAA